AUGGCCAAAUUCGAUCAUGUUCCAGUAGAUGUUCUCAGGCAUCAUAUAAUUCCUUUUCUAAAUGACUCCUCAACCGUCAUUCAGCUUGGAGGAGUCAAUUCAAGGCUUCGAGAAUCUUGGCUUCAAUGCAAAGAAGAUGUAAUCCAGCUCGCAAGCCAAAGAAUCCCUCAGUUGAAAGAAGAAAUCAAAGUUUUCGAAACUGAAUCCCAAAAAGAUGAGACCCCAGGACUAUCUAAAGAGCUUUACUUUGCUGCGAGAGAAGUAAACUCAUUCAAUUUCAAUGAAGUAAACUGGGACGACGAAAAAUUUGUCCAGCUCUGCAGCCUUUUCUUAUUAUGCUAUACAAACACUGAAAUUACGGAUAAAGACGAAAUCAUGACUCACUUAAAUAAAGAAUUCGCUAUCAAGUACUGUGAAAAACUAGACGUCAAAAAAGCAACUGAAGAAGUAAAAGACUCGAUUUUGAGCCAGAUCAGAAGUGAAAAGUUCAAGGAAAUAGAGCAGGAAUACGAAAAAAGCAAAGAAAAUGUCAUUGUCCAAUGGAUUAAAACCUAUGCAAAAUAUAUCACCAAAAUGUUUAAGGUCAAAAAGCUCUAUGAACAAUAUGAAGAAGCACUUGUGAAUAAGCGAGGGUUUGAAAGAGCAGUAGCCAAUAGAGAAAAUAUUUGGCAUUAA